AUGUUCAAUUUAUUAUUGAAGUUUCAAGCAUUCAUAAGUAAAAGAAAAGGGAAAAUAUGGCAACUGUUCUGCGCCACGGAUUUUGAAUCGUUAAUGUAUCCUUGCUUCACUUUUUGCCGCAUUCUGGGAAUAUUUCCAUACAAGAUCAACGCUUCAACCAUUAAGUCUUGCAAACUAUAUUACAUUCUAUCAACUAUCAUUUUCUGCAUUUUUUGCGUUGAUGAAAUAAUAAGUAUCUAUGAUAUCAAUAUUUCUAAAAAUAUUGUAUUCAGAAGCGUGCCUAGGAUACUUCAACUUAAUUGCUUCCACAUUUUCGGCGGUUUCAUAGUAGUUGGCACGUUUAUUUUGAGUGGACCACGAAUGCGCUUACUUCAAGCAAUAUGGAAUCUCUCUUUAAGAUUGUCCCCGGAAACAUAUAAGAAUUUAUCUAAAUUAAUCCAUGCUAAGGACAUUUUUGGUUUCUCUUUCUUAGUUUUACAAGCGUUGAUAUAUUUUCCUAAUAUGCAGGAUAGCGUCUUCCGCCUGGUUAUUUUACAAUACAUAAUCCUGCUAGUGUUCCAAAUGGAUAUGCUAUACAUGAAUUGUGUUUGUGUUUUAAAAGCUUGUUUCAAGCAAAUCAACGACAAUCUGAUAAAUCUUCGAAGAUUCAUAGCGCACCGUGAGCCAUAUUUUUUUAGAGAAAUCUAUCAGAAACAUCCAUUCCUAUUGAUGGAACUUAAGGCUCUGGAAAAGCAACAUCUGACAACCAGCGACACAGUACAGAUGCUGACAACGAUCUUCAGUUUGCAACUCCUUUGCACGAUAAUUUUGACCUUUAUUCAAAUUACUUUCUAUCUGUAUUUUUACUUAAUCCGAAUACAAGAAGGCAACUCUGUAAGCAAUCUGGAAAAUCAGGUUUAUUAUAAAGCCUUUAUUACAGGUAUAACAUAUUACAUUAUAAAAACAGUGUUGUUAGUAUGGGCUUGUGAAACCAGUAAGAAUCAAGCCAUGGAAAUCGGCGUUACUGUUCGUAAUAUGUUUAAUAACAUCAGCAACAAGGAAAUAAAAUACGAGUUGCAGCUAUUUUCGUUGCAAUUAAUGCAUCGUGAAAAUAUAUUCUCCGCAAAGGGAUUUAUUGUGGACGCUACUCUUCUUACUGCGAUGAUGGGGAGCAUUACUAUGUACUUUUUAAUUUUAAUACAAUUCCUGUUAAUGUCGAAUUCUUGCGAUGAGAAGACUGUAAUCAAUUUUAUACAUAUCUAA